CAUUUGUUUUUUGACAGAUGUGAUUUGACAAAGACGUAAUGAUUUUAUAAUACACAUACUGUUGUAUCUCCCCUUUUAUAUUUAUUACAUACUAAUUAUUGUUUAUAUCAUUAUAUUUGAAAGUUAUACGACUUCCGCUGUCGUCUGAUAUGAAAAUUUCAAGUUUAUAAUGGGCGACGGUUUAAAGCUGUCCAAAGAUAAGCGCCAUAGGAGCUCAAGUAGCCUCGGUGGGGCCGCGGUAGAAGGAACACGUUCAGAGCGAAAACUGGAUUUGACAGAAUCCAUUGCUGAAGUAGACGAUCAAUUUGCUUUAGCAGAAGCACGAUGCGAAAAUUUACAAGAAAAAAUCGAUUUAGUAAAAGUGAUCAAAAAGAAGAAAAAACUUAAAAAGCUAAGUAUGACCCGCGUAAAUGAAGUGCCUGUGCCACCCGAAAAUAUGUCCUUCAUUACUGUAAAAACGCAACCGAAAAAGAAGGCAGUCCAAUCGCGGCAGCGUCGACAAGAGGCACCCAGCCUCGACUCAGCGGCCGAGGAGCAGCGCCGCAUGCUUGGCCAGGUGCGCGGCUACAACGAGGCCUACUACGAGCCGCAGCAUCAUUACAAGCAAUCGCAAAAUAUGGAACCAAAUCUUCAGCGGAUGCGCGAUCGUAGGGCGCGAGCUGAUGGCGACAGGGUGAUGUGCGGAAGGAGCGUUCAAAUCGACGGUCCGAACCUGGCAGCGCCUAGGCAAACCGACCAGGAUGAUGCUUCUGACUACGAAGAAUUUCACCAACGCGACUUUUUGGGAUCACCCAAAAAGACAUCGCCCGAAGUAAGGCCCCCAUCUCCGAAGCACGUCGGACGUCGAAAGCACGUUUCGACGAGGGACGUUCCAACCAAAACAGUAAGAGAAAAGUGGAAGGAACGAACACGAGAACGUGCAUGGCCUUCUCCAGACCUUCGUGGCGUGCCCGCGUAUAAUAAUUUUACGUCGCAGCUAGCCAGGGACGAGCCUGGCGAGCGACCGGUGGUGGAGCUGUUCAGCAACAACAUGAAGAAUGCGGCGUCGAAUGUGUCCACCCGGCAGCCCGUCGGCUUGGAGCGGAAGCUUAAAAAAGACGUACGAGACGCGACGCGACGUGGGAUGCGCACCGUUCGAGACAAAUUUAGCGACCAAAGGACAGGCCCAUUGGGCGACGUGUCAACACAACCGGUAAAGGAAAAGGAGGCGCGGCACCCGCACAAGCUGAAAUAUCGUUGUCGUCGAUACGAGCUGCCCACCAUGGCCUCUCAAAUGAAGCAGGCGGGCGCGCGCUACUACCAAGGCACCGGCGCGUAUCCUAACAUCCCGUUUGUGGUGAGCAAGAGCACCGCCCCCUCGCACAAUAUCGGCGUCAACAUACAGCAGGUGUUAAACGGCCUCAAAGUGCAGCAACCGUUAACGGGCAUUCCACCUACAAUAGCACAUCACAUGGGCUUAGGACAUGUAUCUACGUUUAUGGUUAAUAACAAUAUAGCGCCGGCCUUGUCAGAGCAUCGCGAGAUCAACACGAUCAAGCUAGGACGGCGGCUGGUGCGGCUCCCGUCGCACAAGUACAUGUCGUACAACCGCGCGCUUAACCUGUACCGCGAGGGCGACGGCAUGGUGCCGCGCUUCUUGCGCGCCAUCAGUCGCCCGCACUACUUCUACACCUCCAUGUACAACAGCUUGGCUACGACUCGGGAGGACUUGGACGCUGCAACGUCGAAGGGUAACAACGCCGCCGCGCAGGAAGCCAAGCAGAGCCUGGCCGAGUACGCCAGCCUGUACCGCGAGUACGAGCAGCUAGACAAGACGCUCCGUGAAGGCAACUAUGAGCCAGAGUGGGAACGUCGGCGAGACGAGAUUUGGAAGGAACUGGCGUUGCGAGAGGAGCGUGUCCGCAAGAUGGUUCAAGAUUACAAAGGAUCAGACGCGGAGCUUGCGCCCCUGCGCGCGUCCGCGUCCACCGCCGAGGACGGCUGCCGCCGCCGUUCCUGCUACAAGCUAGGAGACCUGCAACAUUGAUGCCCACAAAAUAAAAAAUAAACAUUAUGCCAAAUUUACUCCCACCCGUCAGGAUAAGUAGAAUUUUUAAGGCGAAUGGUCUUUUUUAUUAAUACGCGUUCUUUAGUUAAAAUGCAUCGCAUAAUCUCAUUUAGUGUGAAUUGGAACAAUGAUGUUUGUCGAGUAAUUUCAGUUUUAUUAUAAAUUGCUUUACUGCCCAUAUUUAAAAGUAUACACUACUCACCUCAAAUAUAUUCGGAUAAUAAUGAAAAAUCAUUGUUUUAAGGAGUAACCGCUGUAAAACUUAGCUACGAACGCACGAAUCUUGACGCACAUUCUGAUGUUCGUUCAUCGUGACAUCGUUCUUAGCUAUGGCAACAGACUUAAGUGAAAGGAAAAUAUUAUUAUAUAAUUUAAUUCCUACAAUACGUCUUAUUAUGUAACCAAGAUUUUAAAUAUCUAAAAUCAUUGCUAUAUGUGGAUAUUCCAGAAUGUACGAGAUUGCCUUUGAUUCAGAAGUGACAUUACUCGCUACCCAAGUAUUGGAUUGGGAUAAAUAAUAUUUGUUAUAUCACUCAAUACGUUUGUAUAUAUGUAAUUUUGGGAACAUAAUAGGAAAUCUAAAGUACGCUUACGUAUGUGCCCACAUAACUACGUAUACCUACUAAGAAUGUUUUAAGCAUUAUUGUAAUGUAAUUUAUUCUCAUAAUUAAUUGGGGUUACUGCAGCCACAUUAAAAAUUAUUAGUAACUAUUUAUAAUAAGAUAAAAUAUGCAAAGUAUGCCAAUAUAUUUAGUAAUUGAAAUAGUAAUAAAUAAAUUGGUAUCGA